AUGUAUCGCGACGAUCAAGAUGAUGGUGACCGUGACGAUGCCGGUUACGGAGGAGACGCGGUGCCACGCGGCAGCCGGAAGAAGUCGCUCCUCAUCGGCAUCAACUAUGUCGGUUCCAACCACGCCCUCGAGGGCUGCCAGCAGGAUGUCGCCAACGUUCGCCAUUUCCUCGACACCCAAGGCUAUUCCCGCGACUCGCGUUCGCAGGUGGUGAUGCGUGACGAUCAACAGACCGAUCCCAACGGCCCUUUCUGGCCGACUGGGCGAAACAUGUUAGCUGCAAUGGAGUGGCUGGUCUCUGAGCCUGGCACCACCAAUUUCUUGCAUUACUCCGGACACGGCGGUCAAGUUCCCGAUACAGAUGGCGCGCGGAGCUCGGGGUUUGACGACACCAUCGUUCCCUAUGACUUUGAAGACAACGGCCAAAUUCCUAGCGGAGUAUUGCACCGCAUACUCGUCAAGAAGCUUCCCCCACGCAGUACACUGUUCUUGAUUUUCGAUUGCUGCCACUCAGGUUCGGCCGUCGAACUACCCUACAUCUACCGGAGCGACGAAGAUGGCAACGUGAACAUGAUUGACAAUGUGAGGGAAGGCAUGCGUCUUCUCGGGGCCGCGAAUCACCUCAUUCAAGGCGGCUUCACCUUCGACAAAAUUGGCGAGGCGCGGCAACUCAUGGGUGGCGCGUCGUCAUUCUUCAAAGGCCUGACGCACAAGGAGGACGAGCAGGGGCUGGGCAGGCAGGACUUCGCUGACGAAUACGAGCACGAGGAGAACAAAAACGUCUACAUGUUCAGUGGCUGUAGGGACGACCAGACUUCUGCCGAUGCGACCAUUGGGGGAUCCCACGUUGGCGCCAUGAGCUACGCCUUUCUGGAAACGAUGCAACGGCAUGGUCCAGACCAGACGUACGUCCAGGUUCUGCAAAACACGAGACAGGUGCUCAAGGGGCAAUACACACAAGUGCCGCAGCUGAGUGUUCAGCACUCCAUGGACUUGAACACGCUGAUCCAUAUAUGA